CACCAUAUUUUGCAAGAUGAGAGAGCCUCCUCGACGCCUUUGCUUUUGUUUGAAUGCUCACGCAUUUUGAAGGGAGGUCGGCGUCACAGAGGUGGUGGCCUUGAGUCAGGUUGCCUUGCAAAAUCAUGUAAAAAAAGAGAAACACCCAAAAACAGCCAACGGCCAAGCGGGAUCUGUCCCCAUUCCCACCAGGGGCUCUUGGGAAGCAGCGCCCGAUUUCCUAGGGAUCCUUGAUCAGGCCUUGGCAGGAGGAGGAUGAAAGGUGCCACAGGAGCAGCUGAAGAAGACAGCAGCUGAAUUUGAAUGCACAGAAGAUUUGUUUGAGUGAGCAAACUGUUUUUUCUUGUUUGGCUUCUGUCAAGUUCAGCGAUUUAGGCAACCCCCUUGGAUUUCAACAAUAUGGGUAUCCCAUAUUGUAUCUGUUGGUGGUCAAACAAGAGAACUGUGGAGAUUGCUUUUAAAAGACCCAUAUUUCUUGGCCUAUUGAAAAUCAGGUUGGAACCCUAGUUGGCUCUGGGAAAGUGUUCAUGGUCAAUGCUAGAAUGGAGGACCCCGAACGCUCCCCUAUCUCAGACGUGAUGGACAGGUCAUCUGACGACAGAACAAAGGAAGUGAGCUCUGACUCUGGAGAGUGCUUGAAACAGACUUGGGAUCUGCUUGCAUUUUCUGGAACUUGCCAGGCUGGAAAUGCUGCUACCCCUCCUCCUUUGGCUCUUGGAGAGGACAGGUUGGAGGGUGUUCACUGCAGGAAUGAACCCCUUUCUGAAAAAUCCAUUCCAGUGUUAAUGCAGAAUAAUUUUGAAGUAUUGCACCCUGAACUGGGCCACCCUGUUUCACAAAGCUUGGACUUCUCUGAGAGAUUUGGACAGCCUCUUGAGCCGAUAGAAAACUUGAAAACUCAGGAUAAGUGUAGUAAUGAUGCUACCCAGUCUGUUUUUUGGGCUGGUAUUCUACAAGCUCAGAUGUGUUUCUUAGACCUUCAAGAGGAGUUGGACAGGCAGAAAGAACCUCUGCAGACUUGCGGUGUGAAUUCUGAAUCCCUGGACACAGCGAUCAUCGACGAACCUUUACUCCUGGAAAGUGAUACUGAGGAGGAGCCAGAAGAGAAUUUAGAGAAAGACGAGGAAGAAAGUGAGGAGGAGGAAGAAGAGGAGGAGGUUGAAUGUUUAUUUUUCAAUAACCCACUCUUUCAGGAAAGUCCUCACUUAACCAGAACUUUUGAAGGACAAGUCCCAUGGUCACAACCAGAAAGGGAAACUUCCACAGAGAACUACGAGAAAAAAGUAAAAAGUGAAGUGGACGCUGGAAACCACAAUGGUGCCUUGUUUUCCCAGGCCAAUGCGGCAAUGAGCCCUGUGGCCAGGAAUUAUUUUUCUGUCUGUGAUCCAGAUGCUAAUGAGCACACAUCCAGCUAUUCUUUCCCAAGCUAUGUGCCCCAUUAUCGCUCCUUUUCUCCGUUGUUGAUUACAGAAAAAGAUCUCGAAAUCACCUGCUCUUUGGCAGAGGAUUCAGAGGAUGAGGAUCUCCCCCGAGAAGAUGCUCUGGGAAGCCUCACUGGAUCCCCUCCGAGGAGAUGUUUCCUGGAUCCCCUCCCAGGGGAGGUUCUGGAAAGCCUUCCUCCGGAGCCAUCUGCAUAUUUGCCGGCGGAAGGCCUGCUGUUUUCUGCCUCCAGCACUUCUCUGAUGUCUGCUUUGCUGCAAGAGCCUACGAAGAGCUACCCCCCUGCCCAGCCCACACCUCCAGGGGGGAGUUGCUGCAUCACCUCCAACUUCCAGGUCCCCUCAGCUCCUGCUGCAGAGCAGAAUCUGCAGCAAGAGAGGUCUGAGCCACAAGCAUCACCCCAUGGCCACCCUUCCUCUUCCUGCAUAUGGUUAGAGGAGCCUGAAAGAACUUCCUCUCUACAGAAGGACGUCAGCGGAGCAGAUGUGUGCUCCAUCCCACUUUGUGGUGUAGAGAGGAAGCGAGGCGGCUCAGUAGAAAGGCUCAAGAUGGUGGAAUUGCCAGCUAUGCAAAGCGAUGGGAGGCCGAAAGGCGGAGAGGAAGAGCCCAUGUUAUACUGCCCUGAAGAACCUGCGGGGGAGUUUGGCAGAACGGGGGGGAGUCUGCCUGCCAAGGUCCCGGCAGAACCGAAUGGCACCCUGCUCCUGGCCAACGGCACCUCUGGAGACCUGGCCGGGGCACACAGGCUGGCAGCUCGCCUCUAUCACCUGGACGGCUUCAGGAAAUCUCAGGUGGCUGCUUUUCUGCGGAAGAACAACACCUUCAGCCAGAUGGUUGCUGAGGCCUACCUCUCCUUCUUCCGCUUCUCUGAGCAAACGCUGGAUCAGGCCCUGAGGUCCUUCCUGAAAUCCUUCGUGCUGACCGGGGAGACGCAGGAGCGGGAGCGGAUCCUGAUGCAUUUUUCUCAGCGCUACCACUGCUGCAAUCCCGAGGCCUCUCUUAGUCCGGAUGCCGUGCAUACGCUCACCUGUGCCAUGAUGCUCCUCAACACUGAUUUGCAUGGACAGGAUGAGCAGCACUUGGAGAUGUCUGGCUCAGAGGAGCUCAUUGGAGUAUCUCAUGCCCUGGCAGAAAAAGCCAGCAAAUACACCAAACGGCCACAUGUCUUCCGGCUUCAGACUGCAGACUGGCACAUCUUCCUCUUCCAAGCCCCAACUCCCGAAGAAAUGACUUCAUGGAUUUCUCGCAUCAACCUUGUGGCAGCCAUGUUCUCUGCGCCACCUUUCCCUGCCGCAGUGGGCUCCCAAAAGAAAUUCAUAAGGCCCAUUUUGCCAAUUACUCCCUGCAAGAAUUCCAUAGAAGACCAGCACCUGGCCCACGAAUCCUGCAUGGACAGGGUGGCCCAUGAACUGAUGGAGCUCCAGCGGAAUCUGCCAGAGAAACGUGGGCGUGGGAGGGAUCUGGAGGAGUACCAGCUCAGAAAGGAGUACUUGCUUUACGAG